AUGGAACCUGCAAACCAGACACAUAUUUCAGAAUUUUUUCUCAUGGGACUAGCUUAUGUCCCUGAACUGCAGCCCCUCAUCUUCAAUGUGUUCCUGCUCAUGUACCUCAUUACCAUCGUGGGAAACCUACUCAUUAUCCUGGCUGUGAGCAUAGACUCCCAUCUCCACACUCCCAUGUACUUCUUCCUGUGUAAUCUGUCUUUCACUGAUAUCUGUACGAGCACAACAUCAGUCCCAAAGUUGCUGUUGAACAUCCAAGCACAUGACCAGAGCAUCACUUACAUAGGCUGCAUCUCACAGGUGUAUUCUAUGUUGACAUUUUGUGGUGUAGAAAGUUGUCUCCUCACUGUAAUGGCUUAUGACCGCUAUGUGGCCAUUUGUCAACCUUUGAGAUACACAAUUAUUAUGAACCCUUUCUUAUGCAUCUUGCUAGUCUUACUUUCUCUGAUAAUCAGCACUAUAAAUGCAUUGCUCCACACACUUCUGGUGUUGCAACUGUUCUUUUGUACAGAAAAUGAUAUCCCCAACUUCUUCUGUGAACUUGGUCAAAUCACAAAACUUGCCUGUUCUGAUACAUUUAUCAAUAUUAUCUUUAUUUAUCUG